CAGUGCUUCUCCACAAUGAAUGAGUGUCACUAUGACAAGCAGAUGGACUUCUUUUAUAAUAAGAGCAACAUUGACACCGCUGAUGACUGGACAGGAACGAAGCUUGUGAUUGUUUUAUGUGUUGGAACAUUUUUCUGUCUGUUUAUUUUUUUUUCUAAUUCUCUGGUCAUCGCAGCGGUGAUUAAAAAUAGAAAGUUUCAUUUCCCCUUCUACUACCUGUUGGCCAACCUCGCUGCUGCGGAUUUCUUCGCCGGAAUUGCCUAUGUAUUCCUCAUGUUCAACACUGGCCCUGUUUCAAAAACUCUGACUGUCCACCGCUGGUUCCUCCGCCAGGGGCUUCUGGACACCAGCUUGACAGCCUCCCUGACCAAUUUGCUGGUUAUUGCUGUGGAGAGGCACAUGUCAAUCAUGAGGAUGCGGGUCCACAGCAACCUGACCAAAAAGAGGGUGAUAUUGCUCAUUUUAUUUGUCUGGGCCAUUGCCAUCUUUAUGGGGGCAGUCCCCACACUGGGCUGGAAUUGCCUGUGUGACAUCUCUGCGUGCUCUUCCCUGGCCCCCGUUUACAGCAGGAGUUACCUCAUUUUCUGGACUGUGUCCAACCUUGUGGCUUUCUUCAUCAUGGUUGUGGUGUACCUGCGGAUCUACAUGUAUGUCAAGAGGAAAACCAACGUCUUGUCUCCACAUACCAGUGGGUCCAUCAGCCGUCGGAGGACGCCCAUGAAGCUGAUGAAGACAGUGAUGACUGUCUUAGGGGCCUUUGUCGUGUGCUGGACCCCGGGCCUGGUAGUUCUGCUGCUGGACGGCCUGAAUUGCAAGAAGUGCGGCCUGCAGCACGUGAAAAGCUGGUUCCUGCUGUUGGCAUUGCUCAACUCCCUCAUGAACCCUGUCAUCUACUCCUACAAGGAUGAGGACAUGUACAGCACCAUGAAGAAGAUGAUCUGCUGCUUCUCUCGGAAGAACCCUGAGCGGCGGCCUGCCCGCAUCAGCUCCACGGUCCUCAGCAGGAGCGAUACGGGCAGCCAGUACACAGAAGAUGGUAUCAGCCAAAACACGGUCUGCAACAAGAGCAGUUCCUAAACCAUGGAUGCCCUCUGCCUGCCCAACCUCACUGGGGAAAGCUGUUGAAAAUGGCUACCUGUCUCUAACAAAGCCCGUGUACAGUGUUAUUUGAGGUCUGCAUUAAUCAUUGCUAGAUUAAAGAAAGAAUUGUUUUACAUAGUUUAAAAGCAUGGGCAGUGGAGGGAGGAUACAAUGCUUUUAAGGAAAAUGCACAGGAAGAGGGAAGUUAGCCCACUGGAUCCCUGCCCGCUGU